CACCUGUCGAGUGCCCUGGCGAACAACGAACGACGUCAGUCAGUUUCAGAGAGACAAAAAAGUUCCAUCACUAGAAGUGCAUCGAAAUUUUUGUGAAUUUUCGUCUUUUUUUAACUAUCCCACAAAUUAGCCCAAAUCAGUUCCUAAUGUCGACGCGAUUUAUCGUAGUUUGGUGUAGAAUGUGAAGCGUGAAACAAAUGUUCCAGGUUCGGUGCGAUUACGUGUGUCACAAACAUGAAGAUUGUAAAUUCUUUGCAUCGUCUUGAAAGGGAGCAAGAUUCUGUGGCAGAAGUGCUGGUGGCUACUUUUGAGAUACGACGACGAGUGUGACGUCGUGCGUGCAAUUGCUUUGCAAAAGUCAUUGAUGGGCAAAUCCGGACGAGAUUGAGUGAUUGGGGAAUGGUUGGACAGUGUCUGUUGGUUCAUUUGAACAAAGUUUAGUUCAUUUCACACAUUACCUAUUUGCCAUAUCAGUAAUUGAGGUGUUUUGCAAGAAGUUUUACAUGAUUCGGUGCCAGUAAGUGGCCCGCGGAGAAGACCACGAAGAUAUUGCUAGAAGGAAAAGCCCGCGCCUCUAUAUCCGCUGUCAGUCCGCCAGUGAGUCAAAACACACAGCCAUUCAUCCAUAUAGUGGCCUGGUCGGUUGCCGAAUAGAAGAGAGAAGGAAGCAAAAUAGUGCACAACAACCGAAACUGUGUUGGAAGAAAAUUAUCUAACUUGCUGGGAGGUGCGCUUCGUACGCUGCGAAACGGUACACGGCAGCAGUGCGGGACGCAUACAUAAUAAGAAGAGCGACUCAUAAUAGGAGCGCACUGACUGAUCGGCUGACUGACCGACUGACUGAUCGGUCGGUAUCGAUCCUAUACAGCAACAACAGCAGCAGCUUAGCGGGGCCUAAUGAAUACGACGUUGGACGACAGCGGCAGUACGGAAUGGUCCACUCUGCACUGCAGCAAGGAUGCUUUGACCGAUUUCUUCGGUUGGUUCCUGCAGGGCAUCCUGGCCACGCUGGCCUUCACGUGUCUGAUCGGUAAACGGUUUUGUGAACCGCUCUACAACAGACGAUCAUGGGAAACGUGGUGGUACGAUACAUCAAAGCAAGGUAUUGGUGCCAUGGUGAUCCACAUGACUAACGUCUACUUGGCCCCGCUAUUCCAGGGGGACCCCUGUACCUGGUAUAUUAUUAACUUCCUACUGGAUUCCACAAUUGGUCUAUUUAUCAUUUACAUUGGCAUUAAAACCUGUCAGUAUUUAGCGCGGAAGAAGAAAUGGGAUGCGAUUAACUUCGGCGAGUAUGGUGCUCCAAAAUCGUGGCUUUACCAGACCUGGAUCUACGUUGGACUGAUGGCGAUUGUUAAGCUCAUAACGACUCUAUUCAUUCAGCUCGACAUCUGGGACAAUGUGAAAAACUUUGUCCUGUCGCCUUUCAAGGAUCCCCGCAUCGAACUGGCCGUGGUGAUGCUGGUGAUUCCGUUCUUUGUUAAUAUUCUAAUAUUCUGGGUUACCGAUAAUUUCCUAAUGAGGCACACCCGAAAAAAACGCAAUACAGGUAGUUCACAUCACCACGGAAGGGAACAUAGCCUGUUGCAAAAAGUAAAAUACAAAAUGAUACAAAAAACCAAACCUAAUGACUCAGAAUCUGAUACUCUUUUAUCAGGCGAUGAAGAAAUUUUAAGUUUCAAAGCGUCGAACAGUGCUACCACGUCGUCGUCGCAUCUGCAGGGGCCCGCAGGCUGUUCCUCGACGGCGGUGGUCGUGGACGAUACGGCAAUCAUCCUCACCUCAUCGGUGGCAUCACCUAGCAGUAAGCAUACAACUGUCCAACAGAGAACUAGUGUGAUCAACAUUUAACGAAGGUUUUUUGUUCUGCUUAUUUUCAACGAAGUUUUACCUAUAUCCUACCUAAAUAUGUAAGCCAUGUAUAGUCUGAAUAACGGAUCGUCCCCCCGGAGCGGAGGGAUGACUCGAACCACUUUUUCAUUGUUGAAACAGAGGGAAAUCCAAGGCAAUAGAUUAGCUAUGAUUUUUCUUGUUGAAACUGAGAAUAAAACAUGUGAUAUUUGUGUGUCUAUAUCUACAUAUAUAUACAUAUUUACAUAUUCAAGGCUACGUAAUCUAGUGAAGCCAAAAUCAGGAAGCUUAGAAUGCAGAAAUUACCAUGUUAUUGAACUUAAUUCCAUUCAAGGAUGUCUUGAAGGAACUACGACAGACAGUGAUUGAAUAUUAUUGCAAGAGAUUGAGGAUAACACUGAUGCGAAACUGAACCCACUUACGUGUUAUUGGUUAUUUUUUUGAGCUUUGAAGCAAAAUCGGGAGGAAGUAGACAAAACACGGAUAUUGUAUUUUUUAGUGCAAGGUUAGGCUAAGUCAACCAACAACAAACUGUAGAAUAAUCAACGAAAAAAUCGAACUAGAAAGGUUGGGUUUUAUUUUUAUAUAUACACAAGCAAGCAUCAGAAGAUUAUAUCCAUGCCAGGAGAGAAAGUGAAACAAAUAAAAUUACCAUUUGAAAAACAAAA